UUUGAAGUUUUAUAUACGCAUAUAGGCGACUGACACGUUUACACGCGAAGUCGUGAGUGAAAAUUUAAAAAAUAGACUGAUUAGAUUACAGCACUUUUCGUUUUAGUUUUUGUCACUAUUCUGAGAGAAAACAGAUAAUAAACAUGGCUGGGAAUAACGCUAAGCGUUUACUUAAAUAUGUGUCUAAUCAAACUGUUAUUUCAGCAAGAAAUUAUGGAACAGCUAAAAGGGUGGUGGCAUCAAAGCCUGUUGUGGAAAUGGAUGGUGAUGAGAUGACCCGUAUCAUAUGGGAAAAGAUUAAAGAGAAACUUAUCUUUCCUUAUGUUAAGCUAGAUUGCCUCUACUACGAUCUGGGUCUACCUCAUCGUGAUGCUACCGAAGACCAAGUGACGAUCGACGCGGCGCACGCCAUACUCAAACAUAAUGUGGGCAUCAAAUGCGCUACCAUUACUCCCGACGAACAGAGAGUUGAAGAAUUCAAAUUGAAGAAAAUGUGGCUCAGUCCAAACGGGACCAUCCGUAAUAUUUUGGGCGGUACUGUCUUCCGCGAACCCAUUUUAUGCAAAAGCAUUCCGCGCGUUAUACCAGGAUGGACCAACGCUAUUGUAAUCGGUCGUCACGCCCACGGAGAUCAGUACAAGGCACAAGACUUCGUGGUUCCUAAACCUGGCAAGGUGGAGAUGGUUUACACGGCGGAAGACGGCACAGUUGAGAAGCGCCUCUUAUACGACUUUAAAUCUCCUGGUAUUGCUCAAGGAAUGUAUAAUACUGACGAAUCUAUAAAAGCUUUUGCGCAUUCUAGUUUUCAGGUCGCACUACAAAAGAAGUGGCCACUAUAUUUGUCCACCAAGAACACUAUCCUGAAACGUUAUGACGGCCGUUUUAAAGAUAUUUUCCAAGAAAUAUACGAAAGUGACUACAAGAAGCAGUUUGAGGACGCUAAAAUCUGGUACGAGCAUCGUUUAAUUGACGAUAUGGUAGCUCAAGCGAUAAAAAGUGCUGGAGGUUUUGUCUGGUCUUGUAAGAACUAUGAUGGCGAUGUCCAGUCAGAUGUUGUUGCGCAGGGUUACGGGUCGCUCGGUAUGAUGACAUCAGUGCUGAUGUGCCCGGACGGCCGCACUGUGGAAUCGGAAGCGGCCCACGGCACCGUGACGCGUCACUACCGCAUGCAUCAACAGGGAAAACCCACCUCCACCAACCCCGUUGCAUCUAUCUACGCCUGGACUAGAGGUCUCAUCCAUCGCGCUAAGCUUGACGGCACCCCAGAACUUGAACGCUUCGCUAACUCUUUGGAAGAGGCUUGCGUCGAAUGUAUAGACAGUGGCAAGAUGACGAAGGAUCUGGUCAUUUGUAUCCACGGCAUGACCAAUACUAAAGAGGGGAUGUUCUUGCACACAGAGGACUUCCUUCAGGCAAUCGCAGAACAACUAGAGCGUAAACUGUCCAAGUAAAUAGUAAAAAAAAAUAGAAUAAAAGGGUAGCUAAAAUUAUUUAAAAACUUUUAUUUUUUUACUUCAUCUUAAUCAAUUGGUAAAUGUAUAUAGUUACUUGAUAAUAUUUUUAUUAGUAUUUAUUUUAGUUACCUACUCAUCACAACACAACCAUAUGUAAUAUUCUUGGGACCAUAGUAUAUUAAAUUGCAUUUUUUAGUAUGUAGUUAGUCUAAAUAUUUUGUGCUGCUGCUUUGUGUACAAUUAGAUAUCUUGUGGAUGCAAUUAUUGGUUAACUAUAGCAGCAUUUGAGAAAAGAUAGGUCCAGGUUAGUGCUGGUGAGUAUAAGAGUAAAAUGUCUACAUACACAAAUUCUGUAUAAAAACAUUUCUAUUUUGAAAAGAAAUUAAAAAAAAAAAUUGCUGUACCAGUGUCACAAAUAUUUUGUAUUGCCACUUGUUUUGAAUGCACAUAAAAUGCCCUUGUAUGUAAGUUUUAUAAAAGUUUUAUAAUGAAAAUAUAAUUUCAUAUUGAUGUCAA